AUGGCCGCUCCGGUUAUGGAGGAGGGCAAGCUACUUAGCGAGGCCCUCAAUACCGUCAAAAUUCAAGUUCAGCAAAUGAAAAGGCAUUUGGAAUUGGACCAACUUAUGGAUGCUUUGAAGAGCGCAAGCUUGAUGCUGGCAGAACUUCGAACGUCGUCCCUGUCUCCAAAACAAUAUUAUGAGCUAUACAUGGCCGUAUUCGAUGCUUUGCGACAUUUGUCGAAUUACUUGUACGAGGCGCAUACUCAGUCGCGGCACCAUUUAGCAGACCUCUAUGAACUGGUCCAAUACGCGGGGAAUAUCAUUCCACGUCUGUAUCUCAUGAUCACCGUCGGCUCAGUCUAUAUGUCCAUCCCAGACGCACCCGUGAAGGAAAUCAUGAAGGAUAUGAUGGAGAUGUCGCGUGGUGUCCUUCACCCAAUUCGUGGGCUUUUUCUUCGUCAUUAUUUGAGUGGACAGACGAGAGACCAUCUUCCUGUUGGACUUGAACCAGGACCCACUGGAAACCUACAGGAUUCCAUUUCUUUUGUCUUGACCAACUUUAUUGAAAUGAACAAACUAUGGGUUCGGCUUCAGCAUCAGGGUCACUCAAGGGACCGCGAAAAGCGCGAAAUGGAACGUCGCGAACUUCGCAUUCUCGUAGGGACCAAUCUCGUCAGAUUAAGUCAGUUAGAUGGCGUGGAUCUCGACAUGUAUCAGAAAACCAUUUUACCCAGCAUCCUGGAGCAGGUUGUUAAUUGCAAGGAUGUCAUUGCGCAGGAAUACCUCAUGGAGGUUGUAAUCCAGGUUUUCACUGAUGAGUUCCAUCUUCACACACUUGGACCCUUCCUCUCUGCGACUGCUCAGCUACAUCCUAAAGUCAACAUUAAGCAAAUAGUCAUCGCCCUCAUUGACCGCUUGGCAUCCUACGCUGCACGAGAAGCUGAGAACGAAGAUCCUGAAGAGACAAAACGACAGGAAGAGGCAGCGGCACGCCGUCUUGCUGAAAAGGUCAAACUACAAAAGGCCAGAGCUCGUGAAAAUAGCGCUUAUCGGGCAGCCUCACCGACUUCCCCUACCUCUGAAACCAACGCAUGGGGUGCAACUCCUACACCAGCCACAGCAUCCUCAACCUUUGAGGCACCCAAGUCUCCUGUGCCAGAGACACCCACAAGUGGAGACGACGCUGGCAAAGGCAAAGACAAGGAGGCUACCCCUGUCCGUAAAUUCCGCGGUGUGCCGGAGGAUGUGCAGUUAUUCGAAGUGUUUUGGAAACAAGUUGUUGAACUUAUCAAGGCUCGCCCGGAUCUUUCGAUACAGGAUAUCACUGCCCUUUUCGUGUCAUUGACAAAUUUGUCGUUGAGCUGCUACCCUGACAGACUGGAGUACGUUGACCAAGUUCUUGGAUUUGCUGCUGAUAAAAUCAAAGAGUAUGCGGAUAACCCCGACUUAAACACCCAACAAACGACAGCCAAUCUCGCAUCGCUGCUUGUCGCGCCUAUCAACUCAUACCAAUCUGUGCUCACCCUGCUUGCCAUCCCAAACUAUGUCCCCUUACUGACAAAGCAACUCUUCACUACCCGUCGAUCUAUUGCCCAUUCGAUUGUGUCAUCGGUGCUCAAGAAUGAAACUAUUAUUGAGGCACCCGAAGAUGUUGAUGGUGUACUAGAGUUAUGCCAUGUCCUGAUAAAGGAUCAGACUGACUCAGGACCGAUAUCUAUACCCAAUGGCCAGAUACCUACUUCGCGCGAUUUGAGACGACAAGGGCCAUACUUUAUGGAGCGGGAGGAGCUAGCAGAAGAACAGGGUUGGGUUGCAAGAAUGGUUCAUCUUUUCCGCUCUGAGUCCCUCGAUGUUCAAUUUGAGUUGCUACAAAUUGCUCGCAAACACUUUGACAUGGGUGGAGAGCGUAUGCGAUUCACUUUCCCUGCGUUAAUCACUUCAUCCAUCAAGCUUUGCAGACGGUAUAAGAACCGGGAACAUGACGAGGCCGACUGGGAAACCAAGGUCUCAGCCAUUCUCAAAUUUAUUCGCCAACUGACCUCGAUCCUCGCCACCACCGUGGAUGCUCCCAAUAUUGCCCUACGACUGUUCCUUCUCGCUGCACAAAUUGCAGAUGAAUGUGGUUUUGAAGAUCUUUCUUACGAUUUUUACGUCCAGGCUUUCACUGUUUACGAAGACAGCAUCUCGGAGUCGCGGGCACAACUGCAGGCUAUUACACUAAUAAUUGGCACAUUGGCAGGCGCUAAGGUUUUCAACAUUGAUAACUUCGAUACCCUCAUCACCAAGGCGGCCUUGCACGGGGCGAAGUUAUUGAAGAAGAGCCAUCAAGCUACAGCCGUUGGUUUGGCUAGUCAUUUAUGGUGGCAAGAAGUUCCACCACCUGCUGAUGGAGAGACCGAGGCUGCUGAGAAACCAGUCACCACUGAGAAGCCGGCUGCCACGAAGGAAGAUGGAGAAACUGUUGCUAAAGCAUAUCCACAUCAAGACAGUAAACGCGUUCUUGAAUGUUUGCAGAAAUCUCUGCGGAUCGCCAAUUCCGCCAUUGAGGAGAUCGUUACAGUGCAACUUUAUUGUGACGCCCUUGAUCAGUACUUGUACUACCUUGAUCGAGGUGCCCCAGCUGUUGCCCCUAAAUUUGUCAACAGCCUCGUCGAACUUAUUACUUCAAGUAUCGAUAACAUAUCCUCUCCUGAUGUGCACCCAUCACAACGCGCACCUCCUGGACUCAUUGAAGGCACUCAAACGCCUGAAAUGAUCACGAAACAUUUCCGGAAUACCCUUUUGUACAUCCAACGGAGGAAAUAUGCUGCAUCCGAAGGCACGGGUACCGUGGACUCGCGCUGGGAUGAGGUCGACGUAGUUGGUGCGCUGUUGAAGAUGGGCAUCUCACGCUAA